GGGUGGACCUAAAAGUUACGAUGACUUGGUGCCUGCUGUAAUAGCAGCAGCGCUGCUCUCCUUUGUUCCCCCUCACGACUAAGCUUGCUCCGAUCUUCUAGCGAUGGCAACAGAAGUGGUGUGUGGAUUGAUCUUCAGACUACUACUUCCCAUCUGUCUAGUCACUGCAUGUGCAUUCCGCUACAAUGGGCUCUCAUUUGUCUACCUCAUCUAUCUCCUGCUCAUUCCUCUCUUCUCUGAACCUACAAAAACAACAAUGCAAGGACAUACAGGACGGUUACUAAAAUCCCUGUGUUUCAUGAGUCUAACGUUUCUGCUUCUGCACAUUAUCUUUCAAAUCACAAUAAACAGCCUUGAAGCCCAAAGAACCAUUGAACCUGGUUAUCAUUGUUUGACAUGGGAAAAAACACUACGGCAGAUUGGUUUUGAAAGUGUUAAAGGGGCAGAUGCUGGCAAUGCCAUUAGAAUUUUUGUUCCUGAUAUUGGUAUGUUCAUUGCCAGUCUGACGAUAUGGCUGGUCUGCAGAAAUAUCAUUCAGAAGGCAGCACAAGAGGAUUCUGGACAGUACAAUGAGCAGUUUGAUGGAGAAGAAAUGAAUGAAGGAGAGGGAAUAGAGGCAGAAGAUGCAUUAAUAUAUGAAGAUUUUGAUGAUGCAGAGUGUGGGGAAGAAGAAGAAGAAACAACAAAAUUAAAAUUGCUACGACGAAUUGCCUCAAUAGCUUCCAAAAUCAAGGAAAUUAUUGGGAAUGUUAUAACCACGGCUGGAAAAGUUGUUGUUACAAUUUUACUUGGUUCAACAGGAAUGAUGUUGCCAUCAAUGACCUCAGCUGUAUAUUUCUUUGUAUUCUUGGGGUUAUGUACAUGGUGGUCCUGUUGCCGAGUAUUUGAUCCGCUGAUAUUCAGCUGUCUCUGUGUACUAAUGGCUAUAUUUAGCGCAGGCCACUUAAUCGGACUAUACCUGUACCAGUUACAGUACUUCCAGGAAAUUAUUCCCCCCAAUGACUUCUAUGCCAGGUUGUUUGGUGUUAGUUCAAUUAUUCAGACCAACUGUUCAAGCACUUGGAAAAUCAUCACCAACCAAAACUUGGAUUGGUAUCACCAUGUCAACCCCAUCUUGCUGCUAGUAUUGUACUACACCCUAGCAACUCUCAUUCGACUUUGGCUACAUGAACCCAUUGAACAGGUACCUGAUGAUGACAAAUCUGAUAAUGGAGAUGAAGAAACAGAUUGCAGACUUGAAAUGACUGCAGAUACAAAACGCAUCUUGUGGCAUAAAAGUCGCUACCCAACUGAUGAAGAACCUCUAUCAAUGACUGAAGUUGAACACAAGCCGUCUGAUGUUCUGCUGGUAACAGUGAAUGGUACACCUGUUAAUUAUCUCAUGCCCAUAGAAAACGGGCCUGCCAAAGGAGAUAUAUACUCAACACCACAGUACAAGUGGGAACCAUCAGAUGAUGGCUCAGAAAAGAAAGAUGAGGAAGAAGAAGAGGAGGAAAAUACCGAAGAAGAAAAAAAUGCUAAAGUUCACGCUAUGGUCACAGUUUUCCAUUUUAUUAUGAAACAAAGUUAUGUUUGUGCUUUAAUUGCUAUGAUGGCCUGGAGUAUUACUUACCAUAGUUGGUUAACAUUUAUAUUGUUGAUAUGGUCCUGCAUUCUUUGGAUGUUGCGUGACCGAAGGAAAUAUGCUAUGAUCAGUUCUCCUUUUAUGGUGGCUUAUGGAAAUUUGUUAUUAACAUUCCAAUAUAUAUGGAGUAUUAACCUGAAUGAUAGUGAACUCCCUACAGUUUCGGGAUUUCUAGAACGGAAAAAGCCUGGAGAAUUAGCAUCAAAGGUUCUUUUUGAGAUUACUUUCUGGCUGUUGCUUAGACAGCACCUCACUGAGCGAAAAGCUUUGCAGUUAAAGGAAGCCAUUUUAUCUGAGAUCAAAGUAGAAGAUGAAGAGAGUGAAGAGAAAGAAGAGGAAUCACAAGAAAGUGGAGAGGAAUCCCCCCAAAGUGGAGAGGUAUCCCAAAAAAGUGAAGAAGAAUCACAGAAAGAUGAAGAAUGUAAAAAAGAGGAAGACGAGGAAUGUGAAGAAGAUGAGGAAGAUGUAAUGAAAGUCUUGGGAAAUAUGGUGAUGGCUAUGUUUGUUAAGUACUGGAUUUAUGUCCUUGGAGGAAUGUUCUUCUUUGUCAGCUUUGAAGGAAGAAUUGUCAUGUACAAAAUCAUCUACAUGGUGCUCUUCUUGUUCUGUGUGGCCCUGUAUCAGGUGCACUAUGAAUGGUGGCGGCGAAUUCUGAAAUAUUUUUGGAUAUCGGUGGUGGUUUACACAAUGCUAGUGCUUGUCUUCAUCUACACAUAUCAGUUUACAUCAUUUCCUGGAUUGUGGAGAAACAUGACAGGGAUGAAUGAUGCGCAACUAAAGGAUCUUGGGUUAAGAAAGUUUUCUGUCACAGAGCUUUUCACCCGUAUCUUUAUUCCAACCUCCUUUUUGUUGGUGUGUAUAUUACACCUGCAUUACUUCCAUGACCGCUUCCUCCAACUUACAGACUUAAAAGUUGUAACCAGCAAACAAGACAGCACCAUCUACAGGCUGGUGCACCAAGAGAGCCUGCCUGAUUUAACAAUGAUAAAUUUAAAAGCCAGCAUUGAAAAGGAAGCGGAUAAAAUGUUGCCAGAACAGGAAGAAGAAGGAAUGGAAAAAGAGAGAGAGAAGGAAGAUGAUGAAGGCGGGAAUGAAAAAGAGGAGGAAGAAGAAGAAGACGAUGACGACGACAACGAUGAUGAUGAUGAAUCAGAGACAGAAGAAAUAUCAGAUUUAAAGAACAAGUGGCAUUUGGUGAUUGACCGCCUCACAGUGCUUUUCUUGAAAUUCCUGGAAUACUUUCAUAAACUGCAAGUCUUUAUCUGGUGGCUUUUGGAGCUACACAUUAUCAAAAUUGUUUCAUCAUACAUUAUCUGGGUGACAAUAAAAGAGGUUUCCCUACUUAACUACGUGUUUUUGACUGCCUGGGCUUUUGCUUUACCAUAUUCCCAGUUCCGUCCAUUGGCAUCCAGUGUCUGCACUGUUUGGACUUGUGUGAUUAUUGUCUGCAAAAUGUUGUACCAGCUGGAAACUAUUGAGCCUUACAAAUAUUCUUCAAACUGCACAAUGCCUGAAAACAGUACUGAGGAAGAGAGAAAAGUUCUGAUUGACUCCAUUCUCUACAAAGGCCCCGUUGAUCCAUCUGAAUGGGUUGGGUUAAGAAAGUCGCCUGAUUCUCUGCUUGUAUACUUGAGGAAUAAUCUGCUGAUGCUGGCAAUUCUGGCCUUUGAAGUUACCGUCUACCGACAUCAGGAAUACUAUAGAUGUCGAAACAAUCUCACUGCACCUGAAACCAAAACAAUUUUUCAUGAUAUAACUAGAUUACAUUUGGAUGAUGGAAUACUUAACUGUCUCAAGUACUUUGUAAACUACUUCUUCUACAAGUUUGGUUUGGAGACCUGUUUCCUCUUAUCAAUAAAUGUAAUUGGUCAACGAAUGGAUUUUUAUGCCAUGAUUCAUGGCCUUUCAUUAAUUAUUGUGUUAUAUCGACGCAGAAGAAAAGCCAUUGCAGAGGUCUGGCCAAAAUACUGUUGUUUUCUGGCAUGCAUUAUUACAUUCCAGUAUUUCGUUUGCAUUGGCAUUCCACCUGCUUCUUGUAAAGAUUAUCCAUGGAGGAACCCUAAUUCCAACUUCAAUAAUAAUAUCAUCAAGUGGUUAUACUUUCCAGAUUUUAUUCGUCAACCAAACCCAGUCUUCCUUGCCUAUGAUUUUAUGUUGCUGCUAUGUGCAUCCUUACAAAGGCAAACAUUUGAAGAUGAGAACAAGGCUGCUGUACGUAUCAUGGCUGGAGACAAUGUGGAGAUUUGUAUGAACCUUGAAGCGGCAUCGUUUAGCCAACACAAUCCUGUCCCUGACUUUAUCCAUUGCCGUUCUUAUCUAGAUAUGUGUAAAGUGAUAACAUUCAGUUAUCUCUUCUGGUUUGUCCUCACCAUCAUCUUUAUAACGGGAACCACUCGGAUCAGUAUAUUUUGUAUGGGCUACUUGGUGGCUUGUUUCUAUUUCCUGCUGUUUGGGGGAGAUCUGUUACUCAAACCUAUCAGAAGCAUUCUUCGUUACUGGGACUGGCUGAUAGCAUACAAUGUGUUUGUGAUUACAAUGAAAAAUAUAUUUUCUAUAGGAGCAUGUGGUUACGUUCAGUCAUUAAUGCAGAACAGUUGUUGGGUAAUCCAGGCAUUUAGCCUGUCUUGUACAGUUAAAGGUUAUGAUAUUCCUGCUGAUUCAAAAAUCUGUAAAUUGCCUAGUGGGGAAGCAGGAAUUAUCUGGGACAGUAUUUGCUUUGCCUUCCUGAUGCUUCAAAGAAGAGUCUUCAUGAGUUACUACUUCCUUCAUGUGGUUGCAGAUAUUAAAGCUUCACAGAUUCUGGCAUCCAGAGGUGCUGAACUUUUCCAAGCCACCAUUGUGAAGGCUGUAAAAGCAAGAAUUGAGGAAGAGAAGAAAUCAAUGGAUCAACUGAAAAGACAAAUGGAUCGUAUCAAAGCCAGGCAACAAAAAUAUAAAAAGGGCAAAGAGAGGAUGUUGAGCAUGAACCAAGAAUCUUCAGAUGGGCAAGCAGUCCAAAAGGCUCCUGAAGAUGAUGAUGAUGACGAUGAUGACAAAGAGAAAACCAAGGGCAAAAAAAAGCAGUGGUGGCGACCUUGGGUUGAUCAUGCUUCCAUGGUCAGAAGUGGAGAUUAUUAUUUAUUUGAGACGGACAGUGAAGAAGAGGAAGAGGAAGAAAAAAAGGAAGAUGAAGAACCCCCAAGAAGAUCUGCAUUCCAGUUUGUUUAUCAGGCCUGGAUUACUGACCCUAAAACUGCCCUCAGACAGAGGCGCAAAGAGAAGAAAAAGUAUGAGAAAGUAGGGAAACAAAGGCAGAAAGGAUCUGAGGAUGGUGAUGUGGAAUUUGAAGAAAAAGAGGAACAUGUCAAAAAGAAAUCUGAUGGACCUGAUAACAUUAUCAAAAGAAUAUAUAACAUUUUGAAGUUCACCUGGGUUCUUUUUCUGGCAACAAUAGAUAGUUUUACAGCUUGGCUCAAUUCAAUUUCCAGAGAGCACAUUGACAUUUCCACUGUGCUAAGAAUCGAGAGAUGCAUGCUUACUAGGGAAAUCAAAAAGGGUAAUGUGCCAACUCGAGAGAGUAUACAUAUGUAUUACCAGAACCAAAUGAUGAAACUUUCUAGGGAAUCGGGACUGGAUAGAACUGAUGAAUCUGGACUGGCAGCUGAGAGGACAGCAAGUCUCGAAUCAGCCCCUUCACGUGACAGUGAAUCCAGUGAAGCCACCCAAAUCACCAUGCUGUAUUCCCGUCAGGGGACAACAGAAACCAUUGAAGAAGUUGAAGGGGAGGAACAUGAAGAAGGGGCAGAAAGUGCAUCAAGACAAGAGCAUGAUAUGGAAGAUUAUUGUCUGGAUUCUGAAGGAGCUGCAUAUACCUCUGACACAGAUGUGCCAUCCUAUUCCGGUUUGGACGGUAUUGCUGAACCCCCUCCCUCGUAUAGCAAAGCUGUGAGCUUGGAACUUUUCCCCUUAGAUGGUUCCCAAGAUGGCUCUUCAGACAAAAACCAUAUGAUGGUGAGUCCAGAUGAACUGGAAGCUGACAAAUCAGAAGAUGCUAUACUCCCCCCAUUGACCCAUGAGUUGACUGCAAGUGAACUGCUUCUAAACAAAAUGUUUCAUGAUGAAGAACUGGAAGAUUCCGAGAAGUUCUAUACCGGUCAGCCUCGAUUUUUGCUGCUUAUUUAUGCUCUCUAUAAUACACUUGUAGCCCGUUCAGAAAUGGUGUGCUACUUCGUGAUUAUUCUUAAUCACAUGAUCUCCGCCUCCAUGAUUACCCUUGUGCUUCCUAUCCUUAUCUUCCUUUGGGCCAUGCUGUCUGUCCCAAGACCUAGCAAGCGUUUUUGGAUGACUGCUAUUGUCUACACUGAGGUGACAAUAGUUAUAAAGUAUUUCUUCCAGUUUGGCUUCUUCCCUUGGAAUGCAAAACUCGAACUCACAAAAGAUGCACCUUACCAUCCUCCCAAUAUUAUUGGUGUUGAGAAGAAAGAGGGUUACGUUCACUAUGACCUUGUUCAGCUACUUGCAUUGUUUUUCCACCGAUCCAUUUUAAAGUGUCAUGGAUUGUGGGAUGAAGAAGAUGGAGGAGACUUCAUCAGUAAAGAUGAUUCUGAUGACGAGAUGGCUGAGUCAGAAAGGAGAGGUUCUGCUGGCUCUCUGAGAUCAGUUGACUUGGCAGCGUCUGUUGAGUCUAUACAUGUCCAUUUCCCAGAGCAGCAAACCGCCAUCCGUAGGAAAAGUUCAAGCAGUGGGUCGCAGCUGUCACACAGAUCCAGCUUCUCCUCACACCGGUCAAAACGAGGUAGUACCAGCACACGGAACAGCAGUCAAAAAGGGAGCAGCGUGUUGAGCAUAAAGCAAAAAUCAAGGAAAGAACUUCUUGUGGAAAAACUGCGAGAACAAUUUAUCAAAGCUAAAGCAUUUACAAUUAAAAAGACACUUCAAGUGUACGUGCCAAUCAGACAGUUUUUCUACAACCUCAUUCACCCAGAUUAUAGUGCUGUGACAGACGUUUAUGUCCUGAUGUUCCUGGCAGACACUGUGGAUUUCAUCAUCAUUGUGUUUGGAUUCUGGGCCUUUGGGAAACACUCUGCAGCAGCAGAUAUCACGUCUUCAUUAUCAGAGGACCAAGUGCCGGAAGCAUUCUUGGUGAUGGUGCUAAUUCAGUUUGGAACCAUGGUAGUAGAUAGGGCUCUUUAUCUCAGGAAGACUGUCAUGGGAAAAGUCAUCUUCCAGGUCAUCCUUGUUUUUGGUAUACACUUUUGGAUGUUCUUUAUAUUGCCUGGAGUGACAGAUAGGAAAUUUAGCCAAAAUAUAGUUGCACAACUCUGGUAUUUUGUGAAAUGCAUUUAUUUUGGAUUAUCAGCAUAUCAGAUACGCUGUGGCUACCCAACCCGUGUACUUGGAAAUUUCCUCACAAAAAGUUAUAAUUAUGUAAACCUCUUCUUAUUUCAAGGAUUCCGCCUGGUUCCAUUUUUGACUGAGCUGAGAGCAGUAAUGGACUGGGUUUGGACAGAUACUACAUUAAGUCUUUCUAGCUGGAUCUGUGUUGAAGAUAUUUAUGCCCAUAUAUUUAUCCUGAAGUGCUGGCGGGAGUCUGAAAAAAGAUAUCCCCAGCCAAGGGGGCAGAAGAAAAAGAAGGUUGUGAAGUAUGGAAUGGGUGGCAUGAUUGUCGUCCUGCUGAUUUGUAUUGUCUGGUUCCCGCUCCUCUUCAUGUCUCUAAUCAAGUCUGUUGCAGGUGUCACAAAUAAACCUCUUGAUGUUUCCAUUACAAUAACCUUAGGAGGUUAUCAGCCUAUAUUUACAAUGAGUGCUCAGCAAAGUCAGCUCAAAGAGCUGGAUGGAGGAGAAUAUCGCAGAUUUCAAAAAUCUUUUUCAGAAACUGCUGCUUUGCAAUUUUUAGAGAACUAUGGUAAUGAAGAUAUUACAGUUGCACAGCUAGAAGGCAAUUCAAAUUCCUUGUGGACCAUCAGUCCUCCCAGCAGAAGGAAAAUGAUAGCCGAGCUCAACGAAACAGAUUCUCCAUUUACUCUGGUUGUUUCAUGGAGUGUUCAAAGAAACCUCUCCCUUGGAGCAAAAUCAGAAAUAGCAUCGUCUAAACGGUCGUUUCUCCUUCCAAAUGAAACAAGAAUUGAACUUGCUAACAUGAUGGAGGGAAUAAAUGGUGUGCGAAAAGUGAAUCUAAGCAAGGUAUAUCCCCAUUACAUCAAGGCACCUAGUGAUUCUCUUGCAAAACCCUUGAAGCAACUUAUGACAGGUGGUGAAUUCACAAACAUUACCGUUUCAUUGGUCAAGAUUAAAGAUGAUAAUAACAGUACUAAUACUGAUGAUUUUCAUGAGUGGUGGAUGGUCAACCAGACAGACAAAAAAAUUGUGAGAGGUGAUAAGCAACACAGCUUGGAACUUAUUGUAUUCAGUGACAAAGUUAGCCCUCCUAGCCUUGGAUUCUUGGCAGGCUAUGGUAUCAUGGGAUUAUAUGCCUCUGUUGUCCUGGUGAUAGGAAAAUUUGUCCGUGAGUUCUUUAGUGGAAUUUCCCACUCCAUAAUGUUUGAAGAGCUUCCCAAUGUGGAUCGUAUCCUGAAGUUGUGUACAGAUAUCUUCUUGGUUCGAGAGACUGGUGAACUGGAGCUGGAGGAAGACCUAUAUGCAAAAUUAAUAUUCCUGUACCGCUCACCAGAGACUAUGAUCAAAUGGACUAGAGAAAAAACAAAUUGAUCUCUUUGUGAUUCUCCUUGCAAAUCAAGAUGACUUCAUCUGAUUUUCUUUUUUAAAAAAGCACAACAUUCUCUUAAGAGCUAAGCCUUUUAUAAUUGGGUAGCAAAGAAUUUUUAGUUCAUGGAGCCUAUCUGGUUGUUCCCCUCAAAAUCCGUGCUGCCUUUCAAAUCAAAGAUGAGUUUUAAAAAACUUUGUUUUCAAA